CUGAGGCAUGACUCGCUCCGAUGACUACAACAAAUCCCAGAAGCGGCUGGGAGAAGAUAGGCGACCAAUUCUAUCAAAAGAUUCAACUUUACGAGUCUAUCUUUGACCAAGACCUCGAGCUUGAGAACUACCUGGUGGCUGGAGCGCCAUACGGCGGGGCGCUAGCAUUAUGGAGAGACUCUAGCAAAAUUGCACGCUAUAGAACGGGACAGUCGACAAAGUCCACGAUCGACAUUUACUCAACAUCGGGCAAGCUAAUCAGCAACAUCAACUGGGAGAAGGGGCCGAUAAAAGGCCUGGGCUGGUCGGAUGACGAAAAGCUAUUAGUCGUCACCGAGGAUGGCACAGUUCACUGCUACUUUGGGCUCUACGGGGACUUUCAACCUUUCUUGCUGGGACAUGGCGCGGAAGAAUAUGGCGUUGUGUCAUGCCGAUUUUGGUCACACGGUUUCGUUGCUCUUUUAUCCAACAACACCUUAGUCGCCGUGUCUUCAUUUGACGAACCGAGGCCACGACUACUUGCACAGCCACCGGAGGGUGAAAUUAGUUCAUGGUCCCUUAUUCCUCCCGCCUAUACUCUGUCAAGGUCCGUCGAAGUCUUGUUGGCAAUCGAUAAAACUAUUGUCGUCAUCGAUGCCUCGGAAGCUGACGAUCGGGGUCUAUCCGAUGGUCCUUUCAAGCAUGUGAGCGUCUCUCCCAACGGACGAUUCGCAGCGCUCUACACUGAAGAUGGCAAGGUGUGGGUGGUGGGGAGCGACUUCCAACAAAAGUACAGCGAGUAUGACUCAAAAGCGAAGACUACACCGACACAGAUAUAUUGGUGCGGGAAUGAUUCAGUGAUAUUGGCUUGGGAAGAUGAGAUUCAUAUGGUUGGGCCCGACGGUGCAGCUGUCAAAUAUUACUACGAUGACCAGGUCCAUGUGGUGCCUGAUAUUGACGGUAUUCGAUUAAUCACGAAUGAAUCCUGCGACUUCCUGCACAAGGUUCCGGACCAACUAGAGGAGGUAUUUCGGCUCGGAUCAACAUCAGCAGCAUCGGUGCUAGUUGACUCCAUCGAACUACUAGAAAUGAAAUCCCCAAAGGCCGACGAGAACAUACAACGUAUCAAACAGAGCCUCCCGGAAGCGGUUGAAACGUGUAUUCAAGCCGCAGGUCACGAGUUCAACCAGAAUCUACAGAAACAGCUAUUGCGCGCGGCUUCAUUUGGCAAGUCAGUUCUUGACCUGUACAGUAGCGAUGAAUUCGUGGAUAUGUGCGAAGAUCUGAGGGUACUGAACGCUGUCCGCGACUAUCGUAUUGGCCUUUUCAUGUCGUACGAGCAGUACGUCCGCCUCACGCCGGAGAGGCUGAUUGCACGAUUGGUCAACAGAAGAGAAUACCUCCUGGCCAUCAAGCUCUCCGAGUUCCUCCACCUACCUCUCAACAAAAUCUACAUUCAUUGGGCAAGCCAAAAGGUCAGAAGCUCAUCAGCGGACGAUGAUGCAGUCAGGGAACUUGUGGUUGAGCGGUUGCAUGGAAAACAUGGGAUCUCAUUUGAAACAAUAGCCCGAGCAGCUUAUGACGAAGGUCGAAGUCAUCUCGCGACGACCCUUCUCAAUCACGAGCCGCGAGCAGGAAAACAAGUCCCACUACUGCUCAGCAUGGAAGAAGAUGAGAUUGCCUUGCACAAGGCUAUUGAAUCCGGGGAUACUGAUCUAGUGUUCUAUGUUCUGCUUCAGCUGAAGAAGAAGAUGCCACUGGCAACAUUCCUCCGGACAAUCAGUGAGAAGCCGGUGGCAGCGGCGCUCGUCGAGAGCUCUGCAAGAGCGCAAGAUCAAGAACUAUUGAAAGAUCUGUAUUACCAAGAUGAUCGACCGGUCGAGGGCUCCAAUCUCCUGCUGGAAGAAGCCAUGAAACAGUCUCAGAUUCAGGCAGUCAUUGAUAAACUUAAACUUGCUGGCAGACUCCUCACCGAUGCUAAAGAUCCCACUGCUACCAUGCACACUAGAGCCCUGGCUGAGGCAGGUCAAUUACUCAAGAUGCAGGAAGUAUUUGACAAGGACAUCACCGACAGCAGUGGGAGUUAUGUUGGCCUCAGCGUGAACGAGACAAUGUACCGACUCAUCAAGUCCGGGUAUGGCAAGAGGGCUGCCAGUGUUCAGAAUGCCUUCAAGGUACCUGAAAAAACAUGGUGGUGGAUUCGUCUUCGGGCGUUGACUGCAGCUCGAUUAUGGGGCGAGGUGGAAGAGCUCAGUAAAAACAAGAGAUCACCCAUCGGUUGGGAGCCCUUUUAUAACGAAGUGCUCGGUGCCGGUAACACUCGACUUGCCGCGUCGUUCGUUCCAAAAUGUACGAAUCUGCAACCGGCAGAACGUAUCGAGAUGUGGGUUAAGUGUGGCAUGAUCGUCAAAGCUGGCGAGGAGGCAUUGAAGGCCAAGGAUCUGGCAUCGCUGGAAUCUCUGCGAGACAAGGCCAACGGGCAGCAACAGGUCGAGCUCGAGAGGAUGCUGACACAGUUGAGACCAAAGAAAUAGACACUUUGUCUCACGUUAUCUUAUCCACCUCGUCCUCAGCGUCAGUAGUUGGAGCAGACGCUGUUCGGUCGACAAUGACCAGUUUCGUGGCUGGUGCGAACGCAGGUACUCGCACACCCUCUACCAUCUUCACAUCAGUCAUGUUAGCCUCCAUAUCUUCAUCGACCCAUUCCUCG